AACAAGUCUUAUAACGCGGUUGUUGUGUUGAAGAGUGUUUCGUAGGCUGGCUAAAGUUUGUGGUACCGGUGGUGUGUUCAGUUAUAAAUAAACAUUAAUUAUCUUAUCUAAAUUACUUUAAAUACAAGUCAGGUUCGAGUUUGGGCCAACAGAAAAGCGUACAACGAAGAAUAAGGCAACAUUCUGGAUCCAACAGAUUCUAACCUAAAUAGUUCUCGCAGAUGCAGUGAAGUUCAAACCAGUGUAUUGUGUACGUACAGCUUGUUUUAGGAAUUGUGAGGAACUAGUGAACAGAACAGUGGUUCUGAACAAAAUUACACAACUUAGUGAUUAAUAACGAAAUUUUUAUAAAAAGAAAAAAACUGGAUGUAACCUUAAAGUGUAAUGUGUGUAAGUGGGUUGCACUGAGUUUCACUUCCUUUGGGGAAUGGAUAUUAUAUAGGUCCCAUGCCUUGAAGUUCCUGGAGAGCCAGUGCCGCUAUGAAGCGGCCGCUUUUCACAUUAUUCGUGGCUCUGGCCGCCACAGCGUUGACGGCAGCCGCUUCAUCGAGCAACGACAUUAUCAAAACUUUUACCGAUCCAAAGGUGCAAGCAUUCAACCAUCUUGUCGUGGAUAAAAAUACAGGGCGUGUAUAUAUCGGUGCCGUGAACCGUCUAUAUCAAUUAUCACCAGAUCUAGACUUAGUUAUCUCUGUAGAAACGGGACCAGAGAUGGAUUCAGAUGACUGUUCGGUUCUGGAAUGUACGUCUGCGUUUAGUAAAAAAUUAACCGAUAACGUAAACAAGGCACUAGUUAUCGACUACACCACAACGCGACUAAUCUCUUGUGGAAGCCUGUUCCAAGGAAUAUGUUCGGUUAGAAAUCUCGACAACAUAUCAGAAGGAGUUCGAGAAGUGCGAGAGGCGGUCGUUGCCAACAAUGCAACUGCUUCCACGGUGGCAUUCAUAGCUCCUGGACCACCGAAUCCUCCAGUUUCGCAAGUGAUGUAUGUGGGUGUAACGUUUACAUUAGGUUCGCCAUAUCGGUCCGAGGUGCCCGCUGUUAGUAGCCGCUCUUUGGAUAAGGAUAAAAUGUUCACAAUUGCUCAAACUGCUGUGACCACAGGAACAAGAAUGUUUGUCAAUUCAUUAGCUAGGGAACGUUAUCCAAUAACCUACGUUUACGGUUUUGCCUCCGAAGGGUUCAGUUAUUUUUUAACAACUCAGAUGCGUCACACCGGUUCCAAUCAGUUUAUAAGCAAGCUAGUGCGUGUAUGUCACGAUGACGAAAACUAUUAUUCCUACACGGAGAUUCCUAUGGAUUGCAUCAGCGAGGCGCAAGGUGGCCGCAAAUACAACCUAGUGCAAGCCGCCUACGUGGGGAAGGCCGGGUCGGAUUUGGCCGCGGACUUGGGUAUCACCGCUCAGGAUGAUGUGUUAUUCGGAGUGUUUAGUGAAGGUGACCCCCAGAUCGCGAACAAACCCUCCGAUUUAUCCGCAUUGUGCGUUUACCCGCUGAAAGCCAUCAGGCGAAAGUUUAUGCAGAAUAUCAAGCAUUGUUUCAGUGGCAAGGGUCAGCGUGGCUUGGACUUCAUUUCGCCGAGCCUUCAAUGUGUGCCUACGAAAUUACAAACCAUCGGAGAGGACUUCUGUGGGUUAGAUGUGAACACGCCUUUGGGAGGAGAACAACCCAUCGCUUCUGUUCCUGUGCUCAUCUUCACCACGAGACUGACUGCAGUCGCUGCCACCUCCACAGGUGAUUUCACCGUAGUCUUCAUAGGGACCGCCACGGGACAUCUCAAAAAGGUGGUGGUGGAAUCUCGCUCCUCGGCUUUAGAAUAUGGCGAUUUGACUGUAGAAGAAGGUUCCCCAGUAAAUCCAGAUCUACAUUUCGAUUCACAACUAAUGCACCUGUACGUCAUGACAGAGAAAAAGGUGUCGAAAGUAAAAGUGCAAGAAUGCAGCGUGUACAGAAGUUGCUUGGAAUGCCUCGGUGCAAAAGAUCCAUACUGUGGGUGGUGCUCUCUAGAAAACAAGUGCAGUCUUCGUUCGGACUGUCAAGAUGCUGCCAAAGAUCCUUUAUAUUGGAUUAGUUAUAAAAGCGGAAGGUGCACAACAAUAACUUCGGUUAUUCCAAAUCAGCUCCAAAGAACGACCGCUCGAACGUUGGACCUCAUAAUUGACAAUCUGCCGAGUUUAACCGGACAUUUUUUAUGUGCAUUCACUGUUCUUGAUAAACCAUUAAUAACUAACGCAACUAGAAAAGGAUCUGGCGUUAAUUGUACCACACCAAGAACGGAUUUGCUGCCAUCCAUUCCACCAGGCCAGCACCACUUUACUGCUAAAUUGUCAGUUCGAAUGACGUCCGGACCGGAUUUUGUAGCAACGAAUUUUACGUUUUUCGAUUGCAACACCUACAGCUCGUGUACGCAAUGCGUUUCGUCGUCUUUUCCAUGCGAUUGGUGCGUUGAUGGUCAUAGGUGUACGCACGAUACGGCAGAAAAUUGUCGAAACGACAUUCUAGUUACGGGCGUUAGCAGAGCCGGUCCAAGUUAUCGGUCAGGUCCUGCAUUUUGUCCUACGAUUAAUGCAACUGUUGGAAAUUCACCGGAAAUACUAGUCGCAUCAGGAAUUAAGAAAGCAAUCAAAGUUAAAGUGCAUAUUAUAGGUCAAUUUAUAGUUCAAACGCGGUUUGUUUGCCAAUUUAAUAUCGAAGGAAGAGUAACUAGCGUAAAUGCACAACUGCUCGGUGACACGAUCUACUGCGAUCAAAUGGAAUUCUCGUACACGUCCAGAGCACCAAACAUAACGGCCACUUUUGCCGUUAUUUGGGGAGGUUCGAAACCCCUAGAUAAUCCAGACAACAUUCACAUUGUAAUUUACCGAUGCCGCGAUAUGGCCGAUAAUUGUGGGAUGUGUCUAGCACUAGCAAAAAAGUACGAUUGUGGCUGGUGUCAAAGUUCUGAUCGUUGCGAAGUCAAAGAUCAAUGCGAACGCGGCUCGGCGGUGUGGCUUAACAGAAGUCAAACAUGUCCAAAUCCUGAGGUUACAUCUUUCAGUCCGGAAUUGGGGCCUUGGGAAGGCGGGACCAACAUCACCAUACGAGGUAUCAAUUUAGGAAAAACCUUCCAGGAUAUUUACACCGGUGUCAUGAUUGCCGGCAUCAACUGUCAACCGUACGAACACCUGUAUAUAAAAACAAAACAAAUCGUUUGCAAGGUCGACGGUCCUGGUACAAACGAAGCGCGGCACGGACCCGUCUUGGUUCGCGUUGAGGACUACAGAGGCGAAUCAAAAACGCAUUUUAAUUUCGUCGAUCCGGUAAUUACCGGAAUAUCGCCAAAAUAUGGCCCUAAAUCAGGCGGCACGAUGCUACAAAUUACCGGAAAAUAUAUGAACGCCGGUAGUAACAUACAGGCUUUCAUCGGGGAUUUACCUUGUCGAAUACUUUCAACCGAUCAAAAUCAAGCUCUAUGCAUCACGAGUGCGUCGGAUAAAAUCGGAACCAAAAAACUGCGAAUGAAAUUUGACAAGGGAGACAGGUACUUCGAAAAAGAACUAUUCGAAUAUGUAGAAGAUCCUAUAAUCGAAUCGGCCGAAUCUGGUGUUGCUAGUCAGAUUAAAGUUCCUAAAGGUAUUCCGGCCGGAGGCAUACGAAUAUCCGUAACAGGCAAGAAUUUGGCAUACAUACAAAAGCCUCAAAUGUAUGUUUAUUACGAACAAAAAAUGUUCAUAAGCGAAUGCAGCGUACAAAGUAACACCAGCAUGACGUGUAGCAGCCCAGUAAUCGAAGCCGAUGAUUCGAAAUUAGACGCCGAUAAUCCUUUAAAGUUGGAAUACGGUUUCCGUAUGGACAACGUAUCGGGAGUGCAAAAUCUGACACUCAAUAAUAAUUUUUCUCCCUUUCUUCUAUUCCCGAAUCCAGUUUUCAUACCGUUCGAUAAAGAAGUGAAGUACUACAAAUCCGAGUAUCUCAACAUCAACGGUCAAAACAUAGAUCGCGCUUGCCAAGAAUCAGAUGUUAAAGUGAGGAUAGGAAAUAGCUUUUGUAAUGUCACUUCAUUAUCAAGACAACAGUUAACAUGCCGGCCGCCAGAAACGCAACCCCCAGCCGUGAACAGUGAAGGACAGGUAAACGGAGAAGCAUUACCCGAAGUUACAGUUAUCGUGGGCGGAUCCCUCAAGUUUAACAUCGGACAUUUGUCAUAUUCGCCUGCUCAAGGCCUAAACGGUCCUAUUUCCAAACCCACGAUGAUCGCAGCAAUAGGAAUCGUGGUCGUCAUCAUUUUAAUAUUCAGCGGGUUUUUGAUCGCCUAUAGACGCAAAUCGACCGAAAGUAACCGCGUACUUAAAAAUAUGCAAGAACAAAUGGAUAUACUCGAACUGAGAGUCGCCGCCGAAUGUAAAGAGGCAUUCGCGGAGUUGCAAACUGAAAUGACGGAUCUAACCGGGGAUCUAACCUCUGGUGGUAUUCCGUUCUUGGAUUAUAGAACUUAUGCUAUGAAAAUUUUAUUCCCGAAUGUCGACGAUCACGCCGUCUUGCAAUGGGAAAGACCGGAACUUAUUAGAAAAGAGAAGGGGUUGAGGUGUUUCGGACAACUGAUCAUGAAUAAAACGUUCCUGUUGCUGUUCAUUAGAACUUUAGAAAGCAACAGAUAUUUUUCUAUGAGGGAUAAAGUUAAUGUCGCUUCGUUAAUCAUGGUUACUCUUCAGAGUAAGAUGGAGUAUUGUACCGACAUAUUAAAAACGCUUCUAGCCGAACUUAUUGAAAAGUGUAUGGAAGGGAAAAGUCAUCCGAAAUUACUUCUAAGACGUACGGAAAGUGUUGCUGAGAAAAUGCUUAGUGCUUGGUUUACAUUCUUAUUGUACAAAUUUCUGCGCGAAUGUGCCGGGGAACCACUUUUUAUGUUGUUCAGAGCAGUAAAACAACAAGUUGACAAAGGGCCCGUUGACGCCAUUACGUCAGAAGCUCGGUACUCUCUCAGCGAAGAAAAACUUAUCAGACAAUCAAUAGAUUUUAAGCCUAUGACAGUAUAUGUUUCUAUUUCGCAACAAGCUGUUUUUGUCGGUGGACUCGACCUAAACACAGAAAAUGUCCCUGUGAAAGUGUUGGACUGUGAUACGAUAAGUCAAGUGAAAGAGAAAUCUUUAGAUACGAUUUAUAGGGCGACCCCAUACUCGCAAAGGCCAAGAAAAGAUGAUUUAGAUUUAGAAUGGCGUACGGGAACGUCCGGUCGUUUAAUUUUGUAUGACGAAGAUAGUACUAAUAAGAUAGAGGGUGAUUGGAAACGUAGAAAUACCCUCAACCAUUAUAGAGUCCCAGAUGGAGGAUGUCUAAAUUUAGUGUCAAAGCAAAGUUCCAUUUAUAAUUUAAGCAUUUUCUCUGAAAAGAAUGAAAAGUCGCAUAAGUAUGAGACUUUAAAUCUUAGUAAGUUCAGUUCGGCUAGUCCGCCAUUAAGUCGCGCAACGAGUCCGCUAAACCAUGAUCAAGAUCAAGGGUUAAAAGUUUGGCACCUCGUUAAACAUCACGACAACGAUAAUCAGAAAGAAGGGGAAAGGGGGAACAAAAUGGUUUCAGAAAUCUAUCUGACGCGACUUUUAGCUACGAAAGGUACUCUACAAAAGUUCGUGGACGAUUUGUUCGAAACCAUAUUCAGCACUGCCCAUCGAGGAUCUGCGUUACCACUUGCCAUCAAAUACAUGUUUGACUUCUUAGAUGAUCAAGCAUUACAACAUGGCAUCUCUGAUCCUGAAGUCGUACACACUUGGAAAAGUAAUUCCUUACCGCUUAGGUUUUGGGUCAAUAUUAUAAAAAAUCCUAAUUUCGUGUUCGACAUACACAAGUCAAAUAUUGUGGAUUCGUGUUUAUCUGUAGUUGCUCAAACAUUCAUGGACUCCUGCUCCACAUCCGAUCAUAGGUUAGGUAAAGAUUCCCCAAGUUCCAAAUUACUUUAUGCCAAGGACAUUCCAUGUUACAAGGAGUGGGUAGAGAGGUACUAUUCUGAUAUAAAGAUGAUGUCUGCGAUUUCAGACCAAGAUAUGAACGCGAUGUUAGCAGAAGAAUCGAGGCUUCAUACGACCGAAUUCAACACGAAUUGUGCGUUACAUGAGCUUUAUACGUACGCGAUGAAAUACAACGAGCAGUUGACUGUGACUCUCGAGGAAGACGAGUUUUCUCAGAAGCAGCGGCUACAUUACAAAUUAGAACAAGUUCAUAAUAUAAUGUCAGAGCAGGGGCAACCGUGAUACUGGCCUGAUCUGAUGCGUCCGUCGGCGCCUCCCAUCUCUCCUGUGGUCCCCCUGCAGCCAUCAGCACCUCAGGAAUUGGCUUGCUGAUAAAGCAUUUGCACGCCGUUUAUACAUAUCCAUCAAACUUUCUCUGUGUGUUGUUGGAUUGCUGUCAUGCAGUUAAUAGUCGUUCAGUGUCGGGGUCGGUGCGCACUCAGUGACUUCAAGUGCCUCUGGUAGGAUUGAGUGAUGUACUGUCUCCAUAAAUAAGUGUAUAUUUUUAUGAUAACGUUAUUCUGUUUAUGCUUUGCUGUGCUGAAACUCAGCCGUAGUCCAUAUAUCGAUAUUUGCGUGAAUAUCAAGUCUAAUGCUUUUUUGAUAACUGUAUGAUGAAUGUACCUUAUUAUCUUUGUACAGUUUAAUAUUUUUAUAUUUAGUUGAAUGCAAUCAAGACGAUUGUCUUCCGCAUUGAAGGAAGCAGCAGGGUGUAGUGUUUAUUUGCGACUUUUCAAUCAUCGAUGUCUCAACCUAUACAUACUGUGCACGGGUUGUGUCAGUGUGAUUUGUGUACGUGUAAUAAGGCUGUGUACGUUUACGUUAAAUCAGACAGCUGCGCCCACUUGCCCAAGCCUAUGGGACAGUGACAGUGUUGCUGUGACAAUUCGUUCACCUUCGUUCCUUCGUUCUCACAUCAUUUGUUAUUGUAAAGUACAUUCAAAUGGAAAUGUUUCAGGCUGUAAAAUUAUCAUUUAGAUCAUCCGUCUAUAAUUAAGUUUGAGGAUCCAAAUCUCAGAUGUUUAUAAUUUUUUCCAAUCUCGUUUUAUUCAUUAUCUCAUACGAAUUGUAACCGUCCUUUGAAUAUUAUUGGAAAAAAAAAGUGAAUCCUCAAAUUACAUUAUGGACAACUGCGCAUAUCACGUCCAGUGGAGCAGUGCGAUUUUUAUUAUUUUAUCUAUUUUAUAUUAUUUUUACCUUUUUAAAUUUUAACAUAAGUUUUAUAAUUGCAUUUUUUACCAAAACAAUGCUUCUGGACAAUUUGCGUAGAAGAAUUUGUAUAUAAUAAGUGUGUGUGCACGAUGUAUUCAUAGUACUGUGUGUAUACUCGAUUGCAUUUGCAAUAAUAUGAAUGGUUAUGUAAUACUAUAUGUCAUUAUAAAAGACUGAAUGGAGUUAUUUCAAAUACUUAAAUAGUAAAACAUC